UUAUCAUAUUUCCUCCCCAAAAAAACCCCUAAUCCCUCCUUCUCUUUUGAUCCUUUCAGAAAUUUAUCAUAUCCCACCCGGCCACCCGGAUUAAUUAAGAAAAUCAUGAACCCCAAGAACGAAUUAUAGAAGUUGAAGAAAAUAAGAAUCUAAGAUUAACUUACUAGAGAUUCUGCUUGGGGGGAAAGGUGGAUAAGUAUUGCCGGUACCGCCCCGGCAAUAUAUAAGGCGGCUCCUUUAUAGGAGGGCAUUGGCAUCAAAUUGCUGUUUGCAUCAGGUGAUUUUUAGCUUUAUUCUAGGCAUGGACCCUAAACAUGGAAGUGGAACCUGUAACCAUUCUCGAACAGAUACAGUGGUUACUGAAAAUGAAACUGAGGCCAGUUCACCAAUAAUAUUUCUCCUGGAUUCUAAAAAUGAGAGUGAAAGCAGAACAAGUUCAGAUGCCAUCUUAAAUGAAAGUACUUCAGGAUCAAGUAAAAGUUCAGAACUUUCCCGUUCCAUAUUUUCAUCCUCAUCUGGUUCUUCCUCGGAUGAUUUCAUCUUAGUGAAUCCAAAUAUAGCAUCCAACUCUAUCACAUUAGAUAUACCAUCUUCUAAAUAUUCUAGGGAUGCCAAACCUUUAUCCCAAGAUGACUACAAUGGUUCGAAUGGUAUGUUCCAUAAUUUGGAACUGAAUAGAUCAACAAGCCCCGCCACGCAGAUUUCAGACAUCUCUGAUGAACCUUUAUUGCCAAACAUACUGUCAAUUACAAAAUCUCCUUCUAUCCAAAUGAUGGAGAGGCAAGGAGGUUAUGAUCCCAACAGAGUUCCAUCUUCUAUUUUUGGAAGUAUAUCCUCAACACCUAAGGAAUGGAGUGCUGCCUCUGAUGAGUCAUUGUUUAGUAUCAACGCCAGUCUUUCGAGGGAUCAUAUUCUAUUGAUGGGUGGAGAUAUCUGGAAAUCAGGGGAACUGCAUAAAUCUGGGGAACUAAAAAACAAGUGUAUAGAAUUAGACAGAUCUGAAGAUACGGAAAGGGGUGUGGUAACUGGAAACAACCAUAUUGAAGCAGGAAGUCAACAUGAACCAAUUAAGAAAGAACUCCAUUUUGAAGAGGAAAUAAAAGUAGGACGGAGAGCAGAAUAUUCAACUACCACUGGCCAUUCCAAAGGAAAUGAAGGGUUUAGAGACUCCUACAGCACAAUUCACCAUUCUGACGGGAGUGGUACGUCUUUAGCUUUUCCAGUAAGUGGGAAGUCCACAGAACCUUUCUGCCAUAUUAUUUGUUACACAAGAAAGAAGUCCAUAUGGCCAUUGUGCUUCUACUCCUAUUGUAGCUGCGGGUUUUGCUGCUCUAGGUGGCCAAGCUGUUGUUGUAAGUGCUCAGGUUGCUUAUCUUGUAAGUGGUCAAGCUGGAUAUGUUGCUCUUGUAAGUGGUUAAGUUGGUCUGGUUGCUGCCAUAAGUGGCCAAGCAGACAGGACUGCUGCUGCAAAUGAUCAAAGCUGCUACUUUUAGCGUCCAACGUAGCCCAGAAGACGCAGAUCUAAGAUCCUGGAUUAAUUCAUCUCUGUGCCAGAUGCACGUCAUGUGUUCUAUGUCGCCAAGCUGCUGCUGCUGCAAGUGUCCAACCUAACCUAGACGCUGCUCUACGUACUGCCCAUCCUGGCAAAGCUAUGCAUGGAUGCCACUGUUUCUGAGCAUUUGGCUGCUAGGGUAGCUGUAAAUGGAAAGAACAUUGUCGUUCAAAACGUUUUCUGACAGUAGUUAUAAGGUAUCCUCUAAUCAUGAGAGGAUUCAUAUCGGCAAUCCAGCCAAAACGUGGAGCUUCAUGAUAUAUAGCUGAUCAAUGAACAUCGUCCAAUUUCUUGAUCUUUCUAGUGUACAUAUUAGUAGGUGACUGAGUUUAGACAUCAUGUUUUGCCUCACAAGAUUAGGUCCACUGUGCAUUCAUUUCUUUCCUCUAUUAAGUUAAGAGAAGAAGAAGUGGGCACUGACUUGCCCCCAAUUGCCUAGCUGUUUCCUACAAGAUUAGUUGUGGAGUCUUGUAGUUAGCAACUACACUCUUUAGCCUAAAAGGUUUCAGUCAACUUUUUCUUGGUGUAGAGAAAGGUCUCAAGUCACUCCUUUUUUUAAGUGAACAAUGUAAUUUGUAAAUUCAUUUCAUUCAAGAGUUUCAUAACUUUCUUCUUUUACUA